UAGUUAUGUUGUGACCAUGUGUAGUACUGGUUAUUAACAGUUGGCCGUCCAGUGUGGUGUGUAGUGUACCUGGUUAUGUUGUGGUCCUGUCCUCUACAGUGGUGUCUGACUGUAAGCAGAUGGCCAGGGAGUCCAGUGUUUCCUACACCCUGGGGAAGGAGUUUUUCCUUAUCGCUGGUCAUGAAAUCUGCAUUAGAGAGUCUCUGGACUCCUAUGGCGCCCUUGUCUGGCCAGGGGCGGUGGCUCUAAGUCAGUUCCUGGAGAAUAACCGGCAGCAGGUGAAUCUCCUGGAUAAAGCGGUACUGGAGAUUGGAGCAGGGACAGGCUUACUGUCUAUUGUGGCUAGUCUACUGGGUGCCUGGGUAACGGCCACCGACCUACCCGAAAUCCUUCCAAACCUGACCUUUAACCUCUCUUGGAACUCCAAGGGCCGCUGUCGCUACACGCCCCAGGUGACUGCCCUCACCUGGGGUCACGACCUUGAGAAAGACUUCCCCAGCACUUCCUGUCACUAUGACUAUGUGCUGGCAGCCGAUGUAGUGUAUCACCACAACUACCUGGAGGAGCUGCUGGCGACCAUGCACCACUUCUGCAAACCAGGAAGUGGCACCACGCUGAUGUGGGCCAAUAAGGUGAGGUUCCAGUCAGACCUGAAGUUCACAGAGAGAUUUAAGAGUUGUUUUGAUACAACACUGAUGACAGAGCAAAAGGAGGGGGACGUGAUGAUCUUCAAGGCCACGGCACAAGAGUGAAGAGAGGAUAGAAUGGAGAUACCAGGGAGUAGAGGAGACUCAGAGGAAAAGUGUUGAGAAGGAGAAAUAAGAGAGAUUGUUCUCCACUGUGGAUGGAUGAAACAGGAGCUCACUACAGACUGCCUGGAGCCCAUUGUGUGGGUACAUUCUUAUUAGACAGAUAACAAAAGCAGAUUCUGGGUUUCAAGGACAUUGGUGUGAGCUACAUUAUAUUUACAACCCGUGUCCUGCAAAAAACCCAGAAACCAAAAUGAAUCUAAACCAUGUGACUUUUCAAAAUGCAAU